AUGGGCAAACAGAAGGCUCAGACCUCCGCGCUGAGCCGCCCGCCCGCCCGCUGGGCUCUCCUUGGGCAGAACCCAGGCCCGCCUCCUGCGCCCGGCUCGCGCUCACCAGCGCCGCCCCGUGCCUGGGCGCUGCUCUGCCUCGGGCUCCUGCUCCCGGGAGGCGGCGCCGCGUGGAGCGUCGGGGGAGCCCCGUUCUCUGGGCGCAGGAAUUGGUGCUCAUACGUGGUGACCCGCACUGUCUCAUGCCAUGUACAGAAUGGCACCUACCUUCAGCGAGUGCUGCAGAACUGCCCCUGGCCCAUGAGCUGCCCGGGGAGCAGCUACAGGACGGUGAUGAGACCCACAUACAAGGUGAUGUACAAGACAGUGACUGCCCGUGAAUGGAGGUGCUGCCCUGGGCACUCGGGGGUGAGCUGCGAAGAAGUUGGAGCCUCUUCUAGUCUCGUGGAGCCUGGGUGGCCAGGCAACACCAUGCGAAGGAUGGCAGUUCGCCCCACGGCCUUCUCAGGUUGUCUCAACUGCAGCAAAGUGUCAGAGCUGACUGAGCGGCUGAAGGUGCUGGAGGCCAAGGUAGCCAUACUGACUGUCAUGGAGCAGGCAAUGUCCUCAACCCCAGCGACCCCUGAGGACCCUGCCCUGCUCUGGGGCUCCCCAGCCGCCCGGGGCAGCCCUGGAGAUCAAGGCCUCCAAGGACUGCCAGGAGCCAGAGAGAGUAUGAGGAUCCCACUGCUUUCUCGAGAUGACCAAGUCAGUGCUCAGGGGCUGCCUGGGCCAACUGGCCCCAAGGGAGACACCGGCAGCCGGGGCCCAGUGGGGAUGAGAGGCCCACCAGGUCCACAGGGCCCUCCAGGGAGCCCUGGCCAGGCUGGAGCCAGGGGUACCCCUGGAGAGAGGGGACCUCCAGGCCCACCAGGGCCUCCUGGGCCCCCUGGCCCCCCAGCCCCCAUGGGGCCAACCCAUACCCAGAUCUCUCAGCAUGGGGACCCAUUACUGUCCAACACCUUCACUGAGACCAGAAGCCACUGGCCCCAGGGACCCACGGGGCCCCCAGGACCCCCAGGCCCCAUGGGUCCUCCUGGACCUCCUGGACCUGCAGGUAUCCCUGGGAGUCCUGGACACAUGGGACCUCCAGGCCCCAUUGGACCCAAAGGACUCUCUGGCCACCCAGGAGAGAAGGGAGAGAGAGGACUGCGUGGAGAACCCGGCCCCCAAGGCUCUGCAGGGCAGCGGGGAGAACCUGGCCCUAAGGGAGACCCUGGUGAGAAGAGCCACUGGGCUCCUAGCUUACAGAGCUUCCUGCAGCAGCAGGCUCAGCUGGAGCUCCUGGCCAGACGAGUCACCCUGCUGGAAGCCAUCAUCUGGCCAGCAGAACCAGAGCUGGGGUCUGGGGCAGGCCCUGCUGGCACAGGGACCCCCAGCCUCCUUCGGGGCAAGAGGGGAGGACACACAGCCAACUACCGGAUCGUGGCCCCUAGGAGCCGGAAUGAGAGAGGCUGAGGGCGGUGGCGGCCCCUAGGGUGGAUCAGGCCAGGCUUCCCGUCCUAGCCUGGACUCAGCCAGCUGCCUCCAGGGACCACCUGUCUGUAUUUAUUAACAUCCUCAGGGUCCCUUCUGCCAUCCAAGUCUUAAGGGUGGACAGGUCUUGAUCCUGGCACCUCACAUACAUAUGAGGCUGAGCAGAGACUAGGGCCCAAGCUACAGACAAGGUGAGGCCUGGGCCUCAGUUUCCCUGUGUGAAAAGAGAUGAUGUUAUCCUUCAAGGUCAAAGUCUUCUUAUCUUCUCAUCAGCCAUCUAUGUACCCAUCCCCAAAGACCCUAGGGAGUAGGGAGCCAGAAGCGAAUGACCAGAAGGUACCUCCUUCCCUCUCUUCCCCAGCCAAACAGUGAGGAGUGCCCCUGCAACCUGCCUCAUUUCCAAUACUGGGUUCCCAACCCUGAGGUCAUGCUGCCUCUCCUUGAGCUUGACUGGAUUGUGGGGGGUCCUCACCUCAUUUCUGCCCCCAGCCUCUCCCCAGUGUCCCAGGUAGGAGGGUGGGGACAUGGAGAGGAAGGGGCCAUUUGCUGCCAUCAGCAUGUGUGACAGAUCAGGAGGUGGCUGUGUCCUGUCCAAUAAAAGCCCUCACCUGAUCUCA